UGAUGGAGUGAAUGCUUUUAUGGCGGCUUGUAAAAAUGGCCACACUCAAAUAGUUGAACUGUUGCUUAAAGAACAAAUUGAUUCUAAUGUUCAAGCGAAUAAUGGAGUGAAUGCAUUUAUGUUGGCUUGUCAAAAUGGUCACACUCAAAUAGUUGAACUGCUGCUAAAAGAACGAGUUGAUCCCAAUAUUCAAACAAAUGAUGGAGUGAAUGCUUUUAUGUCUGUUUGUAAAAAUGGUCACACUCAAAUUGUUGAACUCUUGCUCAAGGAACAAGUUGACCCUAACGUUCAAACAAAUGAUGGAGUGAAUGCUUUUAUGUUGGCUUGUAAAAAUGGUCACACUCAAAUAGUUGAACUGUUGCUAAAAGAAAGAGUUGAUUAUAAUGUUCAAAAGAAAGAUGGAGUGAAUGCUUUUAUGCUGGCUUGUAAAAAUGGUCAUACUCAAAUAGUUAAACUGCUGCUAGAGGAACAAGUUGAUCCUAAUGUUCAAAGCAGAAAAGGUCAUACUGCUUUAAUGAUAGCCAGUACUAAAGGACAUUAUGAAGUAGUUAAGUUGUUAUUGGAAUGGAAAGUUGAUCCAAAUAUUAAAUCUAAUGAAGGCUACACUGCAUUGUUUUAUGCCAAGACUGAUGAAAUAUCUGCAUUAAUUAACAAUUAUUUGAAAGGUGUCAUAAAAUUUAAGGAAGACGUUGCGGCUAGUGUAGACCUAUAUUCAUUUCCAUCUCAAAGAACAGUUUCCAGUGGAUAUCAUACAGUAUCAAAUAUUAGUAUCGUAAAAAGUUAUCCUUCAACAGAUACUUUAGGAAAAGGAGACUUUACAGAUAAGAAGUGAUAUUUGAUGCCUCAGCCUUAAUGCUACUGCCAAAGAAAGA